UACAAUAUGGCGACUUCCAUUGCAUGGAAAGAAUAUCAUUAGAAUUCUAGAUCUAGUGGAUUAUAGAGCUCUAGUACUUUUAGUUGGUCUAUAUAGUGAACAUUGUCUGAUUAAUGACUAAUCUAAAUCUAGACUCUAUUAGCCAUUAGAAAAAAUCAUCUUGGCUUUUACAAGGCCUGGUAACAAAGCUUCAGGGUUAUAAAUAAACAUUUUUAUUCCAAUGAUAGAUAAGAUGGAUAUGUUCUCUCUAUUUACAAGAUCCUUUGAAGAAACAAAGGAGGUUUCAAAAUUUUUACAUCAAAUUGGCUGUUGUAUUCGUUGCAUUUUGAGAAAUCUUGGUGAAUUAAAUCCUGCAUCUUAUAAGUUAUCAAUAGAGGAACUUGAAAAUAUGCUUUUACCAGCUGAGUCCAGAACUACUGCUGAGAAUGUUUGCCCUUGUCCAGGCUGUCUUGGAAUUUUACAAAAAUUCACUGAAACUGCAUUUCUGAAUCAGAUCUAUUUGAAAGUCAAGGAAGACGGAUUUCAGUUCAGUGACUAUCAGUGUUCACUUGUUUUACCUGUAUCUCUAAUUGUCAGACAGAAAGCAUUAUAUAUUUAUCUGCUGAAUAAAUUUGGUGAGACUUACAAGGGAAAUGAAGACAAACUGGCAUCAGUCAAAGAUGUUUGGAAGUGGAGCUGUGGAUUUAAACUUGCCAACAUUUUGGGAUCUAGAUUUCAGAACAGGAGUCAGUUUGACAUUCUGAUGACAUUCCAAUACAAGGACUCAGACAAAGAAUGUGCUUUUCUACUUGACUAUUUACCUGAUGUCUUCAAAAAGAGGAAGCAGAGAAAAUUUGGAUUUGAAACUUUUACCAGAGCCAAUGUACAGAAAGCUGUCUCAGACAUGACAUACUCCAAGCUGCAAGACUGUACCAGCUGCCCACCUCUGAUUCCAACUGUAGAAUGUACCUGUGACAUUUCAUGCAGUCAUGAAGCUGUUUUUAUUGCAGGCAGAUAUUUGAAGUUUAGUCGUGAGCUUAGUCAGACACCUUGGUUGAUCGAUGGCAAGAGAAUUAUGGAGGGCUCUGUACAGGAAUUGAUUUGUGAACCAAUCAUACAGAUGUUUAAACCAACAGAUCACAAGCUGUCAUCUUCUGGACGUGAAGAUGUAGAUGUGAGAAUGUUAGGUCUUGGUAGGCCAUUUAUUGUGGAACUUGUGAAUCCACAUUGUGUACAAUUCUCAUUAGAAGAUUUGGCAGCCUUACAAAAGAGAAUAAAUAAUGUGUCCAAAGAUGUCCAAGUGAGAGAUCUGCAGAUAGUGUCCAGGAAGGACACCAACCUACUGAAAGAGGGGGAGAUUGAUAAGACUAAAACUUAUACAGCUCUGUGUUGGUGUGACAGGCAGCUAACUGAAGCUGAUGUUGAAUUAGUGAAUAGUUUAAAGGAAAUAACUCUUCAACAGAAGACACCAUUGAGGGUGUUACACCGGAGAGCUGCAGCCACCAGAGAGAGAUCUAUUCACUCACUUAGCAUCAAAAGUCUUCUUCCCAACAACAGGUUUACACUUGAGCUCACUACACAAGCUGGGACUUAUGUCAAAGAAUUUGUUCAUGGUGACUUUGGUCGUACCUACCCCAACAAGAGCCAGAUUUUGAAAGCAGAUUGUGAUAUCAUAGACCUAGAUGUUGAGGCUGUAAAUGUUGAUUGGCCACCACUUGUUGAACCUAUUGAAUCAGGCACACUAAAAAUAGAAAAUGGUCAAGACAAUUGCUUGAAUAGUAUUGAAACAAGAAAAGACAAUUGUGUGGAUGAAAAAGAAACCAAGGAAAUUUGCUUGAAUGAAAAUGAAACAGUGACAAAAAGUUGCAAGGAGGAAGGUUAAACAACUAUUUACUACUUCAGACUUUCAUUCGCUAGUACAUUAAUGUCAAGCAGAACACAUUUUGUUCUAAGUCUGUAUGAAUUAUAAAAAAGUGCAAGAAACAAAGUUGAUUUGUACUAGAUCUCUUAUUACAUACAUUCUUUGGUGUCACUUCUAAUCUUAGUAGAAUUGAGACUAUUUUUAUUUUAUUGAGAAUUUAAAUAAAUGAGUUGUUUUUUUAAGCUGUGAGUAAAAUUAAAUGUAAUUAAUUACACUAACAAUUACUGUCAUUUUGAAUUGUUGAUGUUUUAAACUUUGUUCAGUACAAGCAAUGUUAAUGUAUUGUUUUAAAUAAAACAAAAAUAAAUCA